GGCCACUUUUGUCACAUCUUCAAUCAAGAACUCGUCAAACAAACACUUUCCAGGUCCAAACAACGUCAAGAUGUCGAAGCGAGGUCGUGGUGGUGCCUCUGGCAACAAACUGAAGAUGACUCUCGGUCUCCCAGUCGGAGCCGUGAUGUCCUGCGCCGACAACUCGGGUGCACGAAAUCUCUACAUCAUCUCAGUCAAAGGAAUCGGUGCGCGCCUGAACAGACUGCCCGCAGCUGGUGUGGGUGACAUGGUUAUGGCCACUGUCAAGAAGGGAAAGCCUGAAUUGAGGAAGAAAGUUAUGCCCGCUGUUGUUGUUAGACAGUCGAAACCUUGGCGAAGAGCAGAUGGCAUCUAUCUCUAUUUCGAGGACAAUGCCGGUGUGAUUGUGAACCCCAAGGGUGAAAUGAAGGGCAGCGCCAUCACUGGACCUGUUGGAAAAGAAGCCGCGGAACUGUGGCCCAGAAUAGCAAGCAACAGCGGUGUGGUGAUGUAAAGCAGUGGCAUGCAAUGGAGUUUGUCAAUGGGUGGAACACAAAGCUGUGCCGAAAAACUCGAGAGUACGCAUGAGAAAUUCUUCGAAUGGGACUGGCAGGACCGCGUUAAGCGUGACCAGCCGCUCACACCGAAAGAAUAUGAUGAGUUCGAGAUACAAUGCAUUCGAAACAUGAUUUGAAGCGACGUCGUCGAAGAAGCCAAGUGUGAACUGGAAAUAAAUACUGC